GACAUUCCUGCAUAGUAGCAUUUGCGAGCAUUCGUCUAGCUUUUGCUGUUGCAUAGAUUCACACAACAUGCCAGCAGACAUUCGCAACUUCUUUGGGGGCAAGCCGGCCGCGACUCCUGCAGCAAAGGAGGAAAAGAAAGCUCCUGCCAAAAAGGGAAGAGCUAGAAAGGUUGUCGAUGACAGCGAAGACGAGGAAGAGGUAGUUCCGAAGAAGACGACGACGAGAACAGCAGCAGCGAAACGCGCCGCAUCACCAACAGGCGAAGAAACAACGACUGCCGCCUACUUUGCCACGAAAAACAAGCCAAAGCGAACCGCUGCUGCUACAAAGUCACAACCUGCAACCAAGAAGUCGCCUGCCAAAUCCAUCAAGUCAGAAGACGCCCCACCACCUUCAACAGAUGACCUGAACGCAGAAGACUUUCCCGACGACGACCUUGACGAAGUCUUCAGCGAGGAGUACAAGAAAGAAGCACAACCGUCGGUCACAAAGGAAGCGCAACCGCCCAUCAAGAAGGAAGCACCACCGGUCGAAGACGACGACAUGCCUCCCAAGAGGCGCGGCGCCGCCGUCACCAAGCCCAAAGUCAAAGACGAAAACUACGACGACGUCGACGUUGAAAUGCAGGAUGAUGACGACUUUGUCGUUCCAGACGAUGAAGAGUUGAAUCCCACAAAGGCCAAAGCAAAGGCCAAGACGGGCGCAAAGAGAAAGUCAAAGGACCUGGACACCGACGAAGAAGAGAAACCAAAGCCAAAGAAGGCCCGCGCCCCAGCCAAGAAGAAGGAAAAGGAUCCACCCGUCGAAGACAGUGCUGCCCUCAAGGCCAUCCUCGAUGACAUCCCAUUGAUCGAAGCACCCGAACCUCCGCCCAAGGACCCUGACGCGGCCCCCAAGAAGUGGUUCAACAGACCUGCCGCCGAUGCCUCCGCCCCAAAUGCUGGUAGUAUUGACAUCCCUGAGGGCGCCGACAACUGUCUUGCUGGCUUGAGCUUUGUCUUCACUGGUCAACUUACAUACAUCUCGAGAGACGAAGGUCAGAAUCUGGUCAAACGUUAUGGCGGAAAAUGCAUGACGGCACCCAGCAAGAACACUAGUUAUGUCGUUCUCGGAGCUGAAGCUGGUCCCAAGAAACUCGAAGUCAUCAAACUACACAACCUCAAGGUCAUUGACGAGAAAGGUCUUUUUGCUCUCAUCUCGAAGCUUCCUCCCAACGGCGGCGAUAGUGCAGCCGGCGCCAAAUAUGAAGCCCAACAAAAGAAGGAGGCUGAGAAAAUCAAGAAGGCCGCCGAAGAAAUGGAGAAAGCUGAUCGUGAGAGAAUUGAGCGUGAAAGGCUCGCUAAAGGUCCUGCAGCUACUCCUAAGGGUUUCGCCGCCGAUGGUACAGACAACAGACUCUGGACUGUGAAGUAUGCCCCAACCUCGCUUGGUCAGAUCUGCGGAAACAAGGGUCUGGUGGACAAGCUGGCAGCCUGGUUGCGCGACUAUCAGAAGAAUCUCAAGAAAGGCUUCAAGCUUCUUGGUAAGGACGGAACUGGCUGCCAUAGAGCAGUCAUGAUCCACGGUCCUCCAGGAAUUGGCAAGACCACUGCAGCACAUCUUGUCGCCAAACUCGAAGGUUACGACAUUGUGGAAAGCAAUGCCAGCGAUACUCGCAGCAAAAAGAUGGUUGAGGCCAGCUUGAAGGGCAAUCUGGACACGACAUCUCUGAAUGGUUACUUCUCUACUGGCAAAGUCGAGACCGGCAAGAAGAGAGUCGUCUUAAUCAUGGAUGAAGUUGAUGGUAUGUCUGCUGGUGAUCGUGGAGGUGUCGGUGCUUUGGCUGCCGUUUGCAAGAAGACCCAAGUCCCGAUGAUUCUUAUCUGCAACGACCGCAGGCUACCAAAGAUGAAGCCAUUCGAUGGUGUCACAUUUGACAUGCCUUUCCGCCGUCCUACCAACGACAUGAUCCGGGCACGUAUUGCCACUAUCGCCCACCGCGAAGGUCUCAAGAUGCCUCCGAACGUCAUGAACGCUCUAAUCGAGGGUACUGGAGCAGAUAUCCGUCAAGUCGUCAAUAUGAUAUCUACUGUAAAGCUUGAUCAAUCUGCUAUGGACUUUAACAAAGGCAAGCAGAUGUCAAAAGCAUGGGAGAAGCAUGUUGUGUUGAAGCCAUGGGAUAUUACCAGCAAAAUUCUCGGAGGCGGCAUGUUCCAAGCGUCAAGCAAGUCCACUCUUAACGACAAAAUCGAGCUUUAUUUCAACGACCACGAAUUCAGUCCUCUUAUGCUACAGGAGAAUUAUCUCGGCACAAAACCAUCACUCGCCGCAGAUAUCCACGAUGCAAGGAAGGCGAACCUCAAGACACUCGAGCUAUCUAGUCAGGCCGCGGACAGCAUCUCAGACGGUGAUCUUGUCGACAGGAUGAUCCACGGCUCUCAACAGCAAUGGAGCUUGAUGCCUUCGCACGCCAUCAUGAGCUUUGUCAGACCAGCCUCGUUUGUCGCAGGUUCUCAAGCCGGCAACCAGACACGCUUUACCGCAUGGCUGGGCAAGAACAGCUCCUAUGGUAAGCUCAGUCGUCAAGUCAAGGAAAUCCAGGGCCACAUGCGUCUUCGUACAUCUGGCGACAGACACGAGAUCAGGCAACAGUAUCUGCCCAUCCUAUGGCAGAGCCUCGUCAAGAAGCUGGAUGUUGAAGGUAAAGAAGCGGUGCCCGAGGUCAUCCAGCUCAUGGAUCAAUACUUCCUUACCAAGGAUGAUUUUGAUGCCAUUUUGGAACUUGGUGUUGGCCCCAUGGAUCAAGAGGGCAUCAAGCUUGAAACUCAGACCAAAGCUACCUUCACAAGGAUGUACAACGCACAAUCUCACCCUCUACCCUUCAUGAAAGCUUCAAGCGUCGUGAACCCUUCAAAGAAGAUUGCCAAAGACAAGCCCGACCUCGAAGAAGCAAUGGACGACUCUGAAGACGAAGCCAUCCUCAAGGACGCAGCUGAAGAUGAUGGCGCCGAAGAGGAAGAAGACAUGGACAUAUCAAAGGACAAGUACGUCGCCAAGCCAAAGAAGAAGAAGGCUGCCGCUGCACCAAAGGGCAAGGGCAAGAAAAAGGCUGUUGAUGAUGACGAUGACGAGGAAGCAGAAGAGGAGAAGCCGAAGCCCAAAAAGAGGGCACCCGCUAAGCCCAAAGCUAAGAAGUGAGUAUUGAGAUGGAGAAGAAGUUGAACGAGAGAGUUGAAGGAUUACCAUGCAUGAGCUUACUGUUUCUCUUGCUUGUUUGAAGGUGUGGCGUUACUGUUGCUUGUUUGAAAGUGUGGCGUUUCUGUUAUUUGCUGUAAGCGGGAUGGGGUUGUUGGCGCAUACGAAAUUGCUUUUUUCGUGGUUUUCUUUUUCUUUUCCGAAACACUGGCUGUAUCCCUUUGUAUGAAAAGCACCAAAACUUGCUAAAAAAAAAUGCAAAGGAGUGAGAUUAUGAAAUAUGAAAUAUGAUAGAUACCGGUACUCGAC